AUGAGAAUGAAUUACGGAGGCCCACCUUUGGACGAUCGGUGCGCGUGUGGGAGAGUGAGUGGAAGACCAAGGACAGUCGGAAGGUCCAUGGACAGUCGGAAGGUCCAUGGACAGUCGGAAGGUCCAUGGACAGUCGGAAGGUCUAUGGACAGUCGGAAGGUCUAUGGACAGUCGGAAGGUCUAUGGACAGUCGGAAGGUCUAUGGACAGUCGGCAGAAUAAUUAUUAUUUGAUGCCGGAAAAUAAUCAAAGUCUGUUCCCAUACGAAGAUUCUCAUCACGUUGAAAUUGUUCAUAAUAAUUUACAUACAAUUUUUAUUUUGUUUCGUCUUACCUGGAUUAAAAAUUUCCUAAUAAUUUUAACGACCGACAUUAAUAUGUGUUAG